CUGGGAGAAAUUGUUUCCUGGGGCAAUGGGCCUGUUCUAAUGAAUGUGAAGAAUAACAGGGACUGGAAGAAGCAGGUUUAGAUAUUUUAACCAACCUGUUCAGGCAUUUUAAUACACACCUCUGCAGCCAUGGGACUUGAACUUAGGCCCUCCUGUCCCAGGUACGUGACCUCAAGAGCCCUCACCAGGAGUAGGUUUAAUAUCCUCUAACCCCCAUUGAAGGCUUCCAAAUUGCAGGCUGUCUGUUGCCCGUUUCCAAGGUGCACCUUCGAUAAGCAUCCAUUAUAAUUGGCAUUUGUAUGUUUGAAAACUAUGUAUGGAUUAAAAUCUAGGUGUUGGAAAUUGAAUUGAAAUACUGUGGAUGUUGAGGGGCUUUUCAACUGAGUCGCGCUUGAUGUUUAAAGCUCCGUGGAUCUUAAAAGGCACAAAAAAAGAAAAUCGAACCGCUUCUGCAAGAAUUUGGAACUGCGUGCCUCUUUAAAUUGUGGAAUCGAACAACAGCUUAAACUCGCUGUGUUGGGCAGCUCAGUGAGGCUGGGGCCAGAUGACGUUGCUUUCGGAGCCAGUGAGGCGGUGCUGUGCUGUGUCUAAUUUUCCCGUCUCUCCAGUCGCUUUUGGAGUAUCGACAGUGAACACGGUCUAAUCCCGGAGGCUAGGGUACAGCUAACCGGCUGUUAGACCAGCGCUGAGCCGCUUCGAGACUGAAGGAGGGUAUAGAAUGGCACCUCGCCAAAACCAGGACCAAUAACAUGAGUGGAAGGACAGCCAACUGGCCAGAAGCUUAACUCAAUUGGAGAAGUAUAGAGGCCUCUCCAGUAUUCUACCGCACCUACCUGUUGAGGCAACGUUCCGAUGAGUUCCCGGAGCCAAAGCUUCUUCCACCGGACCCCACCAGGUCCCUCUUCCAAGCCCCGGCUGGUAACCGGGGGAGUCCUGGGUGGGAUUGCUCAAAUUACCCCAUGCCUCUACCUCUGCAGUGGCAACGCAGCCACCAAUCGCAACCUGGUCCUGUCGAAGGGCAUUACCUGCAUCAUUAAUGCAACCAUGGAGAUCCCCAAUGCCAACUGGCCUGAGGUGGAGUACGUUAAAGUGCCUGUCGCUGACCUGCCGCAUGCCCCCAUCUCUCUGUAUUUUGACAGCAUUGCCGAUAAAAUCCACAGCGUCAGUAAAAAGCAUGGCUCGGCUUUGGUCCAUUGUGUUGCGGGCGUGAGCAGAUCCGCCUCCCUCUGCAUUGCCUACCUGAUGAAGUUCCAUAAGAUCUCCCUCCUUGAGGCUCAUAACUGGGUCAAAUCUCGCCGCCCCAUCAUCAGGCCCAACGUGGGCUUCUGGAGGCAACUGAUAGAAUACGAAAGGAAAUUAUUUGGCAAGAACAGUGUUAAAAUGGUGCAGUCUCCCAUCGGGGUAAUCCCUGACAUUUAUGAAAAGGAAACCAGGAACCUCACUCCUUUUUGGGGCAUUUAACACAAUUUGAGGGACUAAUCUGUACCGCUGCUUUCAAAAAAAAGGAUUUAAAGUCUCCCAAAGGAUCAUUAAAUCUGAUGGAAAAUAUUAACAUGUAGACACUGCUAAACCCAAUGUAAAUGGAUUGAACGUCAAUUGUUCUGUAUCCCACAAGGCCCUCAGAUAAACCAGUGAUUCAGAAUACUGUAAAUCCAUCAAAAGUUGCUGGGCUUUCUACAGCUUUAAUAGUGGAAUUAAUUUCUUUGUAUUUAUUUUUAAAUAUAGAUGUAUUUCUAAAAUUUAAUUCUAAUUAUUUUGUCUUUAAUGUUUUUAUCAGAGUCCUUUCAGUGGGACACACAGGCAGAUAUUAACAUUUCUGAUAUUGAAGUGGACAGGACUUUGGAAUGGAGAGAGUUGUGCUUGGUUUGUGGAUUAUUGUACAAACUUCAAACAGUCUCCGAAUCUCUCCUCCUCCCACCCGUAAGCUGCUGAUAUGAACUUGGGACGCUCACAGUGAAUGUUCAUUUGAACACAAAGUAAACUGUAGAUGUAAUGAUCUGAUUGGCACUGCUGCGUUAUUGUUGCGUCAUGUGUGCUACCUUUUUUAUGAGAUCUACCUGAAAGAUGAGUUGAAACCAGCAGAGUGCGCUUGCCUGUUUAAAUAUCAUGCGUGCUCUGAGUAUAGUCAGUGAAGCAUAAAAUGCGCUGCUGUUUUGCGUUGUGAUUCUACAAGAGAAUUGAGCCCUCAUUCUAUAACAGGGACUCGCAAAAGAUUGGUUUAAUUUGUGGAUCUGUUGCAGUUGAGAGAGAUUAUUUGCUUAUGCAGUAAGUGCUUAGAUAUUUCACAGUGGUGUACAUUUCUCAUGGGGGGCUUUUUCUAAAAACAAAUUCCGGGUGUUCACUCUUCCACAUGCCAGCACAGUUUCUGUUGUUGAGGUUAACCUCACUAUACUGUAAUGUGCACAUUCUCUCCCCUUUACCCUGUGAGCAACUUUUGAUUGUAUUUCUGGGCAGCUGUAGAUCACUCAGACUGGUGUGAGAUUUGUAGAAACUUUUGUCUUUUUAAGCACAUUGUCUAAAUGAUGUAUUGAAUGGUCUAUGCUUGAGAGUGUCUGCAAAGCUGAACAAAGGUAAUCCAGGCAGUGUGAGAACACUAAAUGAAAUUUAAAUUUAUCUGCAGAACUGCUUGUAAUUCCUUUGAAAAUUGCAAUGUAGGAAGACGUCUAUUAAUAAUGUACAACUUUAAAAAAAUAAACUUUUUUUAUAUAAAG